AUGCCUGAACCCACCACAGAGUCAGGCUAUCAACUAGGCGUAGACGUCGGAGGAACAUUCACAGACGUCUACGUAUUCACCCCACACGGCAAAACAGUACGAGCAAAAGUCCCAACAACAACCCCAGACCAAAGCAUAGGAGUCCAAAACGGAAUCGCCAAAGCGCGAGAAAUAUUGAAGAGCAAAUCCAGCUGGUCGGGCCCAUUCCAAUUUAUCCACCAUGGUACGACAACAGCCACAAAUGCCGUUCUGGAAGGGAAGGGAGCCCGCACCGCACUCGUCGUCACGGCUGGACACAAGGAUAUUCUUGCUCUGCGCCGGUCUCAGAUUCCUGGUGGAUUGGGUGCUUGGCUGCACUGGUCACCACCUGAGCCUAUCGUCCCGCUUGAGCGGGUUGUGCAGUGCAAGGAGCGGAUGUCUGUGCAGGGUGAGACGGUUACGGCUGUUGAUGUUGAGGAUUUAAGAACAAGUCUGAGGGAGUUGGUGUCGCAGAAACCUGAGGCUGUGGCUGUUUCUUUGCUCAAUUCGCAUAGCAAUGAUGCACAUGAGCGGGUUGUUAAAGAGGUUGUUCGUGAAGAGCUUGGGUCUGACAUUGCUGUGAUUUGUUCGGCGGAUGUCUUGCGUGAGGUUGGAGAGUACGAGCGGACAGUGACGACUUGUACAAAUACCCUUGUGAAGCCUGUUGUUCAGACCUAUUUGCACAAUUUGUCUGAGGCGCUUGCUGGAGAAAGUGAGACCAUUCGGGUUCUAAAGAGUGAUGGUGGCUUGACUAGUUUGACUCUUGCCUCGGAGUUGCCUGUUAAUAUUCUGAUGUCUGGGCCUGCUGGUGGUGCCAGGGGAGUUGCAGAUGUUGUGGCUCGGAGUACACCAUAUAAGAACCUCAUCACGUUGGAUAUGGGAGGCACUUCGACUGACUGUGCGCUGAUCUAUAAAGGUCAACCUCAGUUACGACGUGAGACUGUUGUCGGGAGUCUUUCUGUUCGUGCUCCGGCUGUUGAUAUCAAAACUGUUGGAGCUGGAGGCGGUUCAAUCACAACCUAUAUGGAGCUCACGGAGACGCUUCGAGUUGGACCGGAAAGUGCGGGUGCGACGCCGGGUCCUGCAUGCUAUGGAAAAGGUGGAAGACAAGCAACAGUCACUGAUGCAAACCUCGUCUUGGGAUAUCUUCCUAAGACCUUAUUGGGAGGUGAAUUUGCGCUCAAUGUGAAAGCAGCCACGUCAGCUAUCGAAGACAUUGCGACACAGAUGAAGCUGCCCGUAGCUCAAACAGCGGAGGAUAUCAUCACGAUCAUCAACGAGACAAUGUAUGGGGCUCUGCGUCUUGUUUCUGUGGAACAAGGCUAUGACCCUCGUGAAUUUGCGCUCGUUGCCUUUGGCGGUGCUGGUCCUCUCCAUGCCAAUGCUGUUGGACAGCUUCUCGGAGCUUGGCCUGUUAUUGUUCCGCCAUCGCCCGGUAUUUUGUGUGCACAGGGUGAUGUGACAACCAAGCUUAGACACGAACAGUCGGCUACCUUUAUCCGACUGGUCUCUGGAACCGAUGCUGCAGAGGCUAGAGAGCAAUAUGACUCUCUGGAGCGAAUGUGUCAUGAGAUUCUGCAUAGAUCAUCCGGAGAGAAGUGGCCUAUCACUUGGAAGGCUGAAUACCAAGCAGAUCUUCGAUACAAAGGACAGGCGCUGACCAUCACGGUUGAUCUCACGGCUGAGGAUCUGACUGCUGAUACGAUGGGGUGGCAUGAUCUGCUAAGACAGAAGUUUGAUCAACAGCAUCAACAGAUGUUCACUUACUGCUUGCCCGACUUUGAGCUAGAGUUAAUGAGACUUGGAGUUGUACUGGAAGAUGCUUCUCCUAGCAUUGAUAUUCCUCAGGUCGAAAAGGCAACUUUCCCAAGUCCGGAUCCCGACGCAAAGAUUGGAGAGCAGACAAUUAUUGUGCAAGGAAAAAAGCAGCUGGCAACCCUAUGGGACCGUCAGAAAGUCACCAAAGAGAAUAUCCAAUUGACCGGACCAUGUAUUGUUUCUGAGAUGGACAGCAAUACCCUCAUCUUGCCAGGAUAUUACGGCGAGAUCGACAGUAUCGGGAAUAUCCUGAUCAAUCCACUAGAAAAAAGGCCCGCAGUUGCAACAAAUCACACGGCUGAAUCAGCCAAAAAGUUCGUUGAAAGUACACCUCUUGUUCCAACCCUGAUCUCUUCGACUCUGGCAUCCAUCCGCAGUGAAAUGGAUCAAAUGAUGCUACGGUGCAGCAUGUCACCUGCAAUCCGAGAACAACAAGACGAGUUCAAUGUCAUCACCGACUGCGAAGGCAAGAUGUUGGUAGGUCAAUUUGGAAGUUUCAUCACCCAAUUCUUGGAAGUUUGGACCGGUACCAUCGAAGAAGGAGACGUAUUCAUCACCAACGACACCUACCAGGUGCAAGGUGCCAUUAGCCACUUGAACGAUGUAAUCGCAUUCCUUCCCAUCUUCCACGAGCAUCGCCUCAUCGGAUGGGCCUCUCAAUUCGGCCAUUUGACGGAUGUCGGAGGCAUAGUACCUGGCAGCAUGUCAAUCAAUGCAACCUCUGUCUUCGACGAUGGCGUCCAGAUUCCCUGCAUCAAGCUCUACACACGUGGCAUCAUGAACUCAGAUCUAGUAGAUCUCCUAUGCCGAAACUCCCGCCAACCGGCAUGGUAUCGCUCUGAUCUGACAGCCAUCGUAGCAUCAUGCUCAAUGGCAGCCACACGAACCCGCGAGUUAGCAACUAGAUUCGGAAGCGAAGUAUAUCUGGCAGCAUGUGCAGAGCUACUCACCCGCAAUCGCAAUGGGUUCAAGAAGAUCAUAGAGCGACAAUUUGAUGAACUGGAAAGCAAAUUUACCGAUUUCGUCGAUGAUGACGGUCACGGAGUCGGGCCCUGGGCUCUUACAUGCUCCAUGAAGAAGAUUGAGGAAAAUCGACUGAGCUUUGACUGGAGUGGUACUUCGCCUCAGAGUCAGCAUAGUAUCAACUUCUACCUUUCGGAAACAAUGUUCAAGAUGUUUAUUGGGUACUACCUCAUUGCAGCAGCUGCCCCCGGCACAGUGAUCAAUGAUGGCUUCCAUGACUUGAUUGACGUGCAUAUCCCUCAGGGAAGUGUGCUGCGACCUGUACGACCUGCGCCAAUUUCUUGCCGUACUCAUUUCCUAGGCCGGACUUUGGAUAUUGUGCAGGCAUUGAUCGGUCAGAAACAGGACUCUUAUCAGGCUGCUGCUGGCUUCAGUGAUUCACCACACUUCUUCUAUUCCGGCUUCAAGCCUAAUGGAGAAUGGUACCAGCUGUAUCAAAUUGGGUUUGGAGGUGUACCCGCUCGCCAGGCUGGCGAUGGACCUGAUUGUCACUGUCUUUUCCCCGCUAUCAAGUCCAUUCCCACCGAAAGCAUCGAGUUGAAUUAUCCACUGCGCAUCGAGGCAAAUGAGAGCGUUGCUGAUAGCGGUGGCCCUGGAUUCUACCGUGGAGGAAACGCACAGCGCACCUUAUACCGGUUCCUUGCUCGUGGGGAGUUUAGUCUGCACGAUGAUCGGUGGUUCACGAAGCCGUGGGGGUUGAAGGGUGGGAAACCUGGGCAGAGAUCGCGCAAGAUAUUGUAUCGCCACUCUCAGUCUCCUGAUGCCACUCCCGUGGUACUGCCUUCGAAAUGUGACCAUGUUCGAGUUGAUCCAGGUGAUCUACUUGAGUGGAUCACUUGGGGUGGAGGUGGUCUUGGGGAUCCGUUGACUCGUCCAGAUGAGAAGGUUGCUCUUGAAGUUCAUCGGAAGCUUGUCACGAUCGAUGGAGCUCGCCGUGGAUAUGGCGUUUCUGUGAAUGACAAUUUCACUGUUAAUGAAGCCGAGACUGCGACUAUUCGGAACCAGAUGAGAGAAGAGCGUGCUCGGCUUGAAAAGGCUCCCAUCUAUGACCGCGGUGGCAGUCUCGAAGAGCUCCGGGGGACUUGUCUGCUGGAGACUGGACUGAAGGCACCACUUCCACAGUGGGAUACAGAUAUCUAUGGUCCCCAUGCCGGCGUGGCAUACGUGAAGGACUGGUAUACCGAAAUGAGGGCCCGGAAGGACUGGAAACUAGACUGA